AUGGCACUCGUCCGCGAUCCAUACUUCUGGAAGCGCUUCUCAACAGCGGUCCACCUAGACGCAGAAGCAAAGGGCAUACCUGAGAUUGAAACUCCGGUCACUGAAAAACCGCAAGAUUCAUGGCUUGAACGCGAACGGCGGAAAAGCAAAAAGUCACUGAUUUGGGGCUUCAUUCUUUUCUUCUGCAUCAUCCUUGUUGUCACCGGCGGUGUGAUAGUGUGGUGGCUCAGCAAGCACCACUGGCUUCAAAGCAUAGAGCCAUGA